CUCAAAACACACCUGAAGAACUUAAAAACAAUGAAAAUGCUAUCAUUAAAACCUUAGUUACCGACUAUACUACUCAAGAACACAACUUUAUAGUAAAUGUUACCUAUCCAUAUAUUAGCUCUCGAUUCAAGCAUUUUAAAAACUCCAUUCGCCCAAAUGAAUCUAUGCUCUUCGUCAUCAGCCAGCUAGAAGUCAUUCAAAAUGAAUUCUACAUAUAUGCAAAAGAUAUCUCAUAUAUUGAUACUCAAGCGCUUACCAGAAAACGAAUUUCAGAUACUAACAACUCUCAAGUUUCAACAACAUCACCUAAUACAGCUCGAUCUAAACUUUUAGCUGCACAUCAAAGUAUCUCUGAAAAUACUGAAAAAAAUCUUGAAAAUUUAACUACAACGAACACAUCAAAUUUAGGUAUCACAGAAUCUCAUCAGUCUGAUUCAUCAUCACUAAAUUUUCAAAGCCCAAAGCGUGCAAAAACUGAAAAAAUAGAUGAAAAUACUGACUACAAUGAAGAU